AUGAACAGGGAACUUAUUUCCUCCAAUCAUCUUCAACUCUAUCCUUCAUCAUCAUUACCACCUCUUUUGAUCAAUCCUAGUUCUUCUACUCGAUUUUCUUUUGAAUUACCUUUACCUUCUGGAAUACCAGAAACAAUUCAUUGUCCACAAAUUGAAGUCGAUUAUCAUCUAAUUGUCUCUUUAAAAUAUAAAAUGAUAUCAUCAAAGAUAAGCGAGGAAGAAAGGGCUGAAAGACAAGUUAUCUUAGCCCGUUUACCAGACAAUGAGAGCAUGUUGGGCGGAGAGAAUUAUUAUCCAGCAACGAUUGAUUCUCAUAAGCAUUUUUCAAAUUAUUGCCAAUAUCGAAUUACAAUCGAUAAAAAGUCAGCUCCUUUAGGCUCUAAAUUACCUAUCAAGAUAGAAAUAGCUCCGACUAUCAAAGAUCUAAGGAUUAAACAUCUCUUCUUACAACUUGUUGAAAGACGUAUUGUCUUUGUUGGAGAAGAAGAAAGGAUGUCUCAAUCCGUUCAUUAUUUAUACCCUGUUAAAAAUACGGCUGUCCAUUUACCUUUGGGUCCAUUAAAUAGGAAUUGGGAAGGAAAUUAUUUAUAUCAAAUUCCUGAUGAACGUCUCUUGUCCCAUUCUACUCAAUCUUAUUCUCAAUUUCAUGUUCAACAUAUCUUACUUGUUUCACUCUUAGUCUCUAUUCCAGCAGCAGAAGUAAAUAGUAGUAGCAGUAACAGUAGAUAUGUCACUAGAACGAUAUCAUUUCAAACAAAUUUUGAUCUGUUAGAUAGUCAUUUAUUGAAUGAACGUGAAUAUAGUAAAUUACCCUCUUAUAAUUCGCCUAUUUCAACAAAAGAAAUUGAAACUCUUUAUCAACAUGGACUUUGUAUGAAGAACCCUCCAUCUUAUGAAGAAUCCCUGACUGUACUAUAA